AUGGCAGCACCAAUCGACUCUGCUUGGAAGAUUAUUCCAACCUUUGGAUCACAAUCAAUACAAAAGACUAUCGAAUUCUACGUCAAUUUCCUUGGUUUCGAGCUAGGUGGAGUAAAGCCGGAGGAUGGACAUCCUUCCGAGUACACCUUCUGCUCAGUUUUUGCGGGCGAUAGAGCUGCGGCCAACAUUUACUUCUUCAAGUCAAAGGAUGAUUCCUUCAGGCCCAGCUGCGCUUACAUUGCUCUAGGCACCGAGCAGCUAGACAUUAUGUACAAUGCUAUCAAAUUUCAGAGGAACAAUGUAAUACAAGAGGACGUUCAUGAUCAGCCAUGGGGUUAUCGGCAGUUUGCUAUCAAGGAUCCUGAUGGAAACACGUUGACCUUUUUCAAAUUCCUAGAGGGCGAAAAUCCCGGCAAGGAAUAG